AUGUCUGCGACGCCUCGCAAGCCUGGAACCCCGGGCAACUCGAGCAGAUCUUCGACUUCCGGCGAAAGCCCAUCCGCCAAUGGUACCCCCUCGCGAACCCAUUCUCGCUCGCCCAGUACCUCGACAAAUGGCCUGUCUCGCUCCCCGUCGCUGCGAGGCUCCGCUCCCGUUUCCGCGCGGGCGGCGGCCAGAAAACCCGGUCGCUCCAAUCUCAGCAUGUCCAGCGUGCCCAAAGUCGCCCCCGACCCCUCCGAGGAGGAAGCCCGCGCUCAGAAUGCCGCUCUUAUCGAAGACUUGAAGGAGCAGCUGCAGAAGGCCGAGACCGCUUCCGAGCAGUACCAGAAGCAGCUCGGCGUCUUGCAGAUGCGACUGGACGAGGCCGUCAGCGAGCAGGGCAAGUUGGAGGAUCAGGCCCACGAGAAGGACGGCAAGAUCGAGUCGUUGAACGGCGAAGUUCGGGACCAUGUUCGGCAGAUCCGGGACCUGGAGCAGACGCACGAGCAGGAGCGGAACGCCAUGCUGCAGGAGAAGGAGCAGCAGGCGAGCCGCGAGGAAGAGAUGCAGGCCACGAUCCAGCGCCUGAAGGAGUCUCUGUCCCAGAAGGAUAUGAGAAUUAACGCCGAGGGCGACAAGAAUGUCUCCCGCUCUUCCAGUUUCCGGAACCGAUCUUCCCCGGAGGUGGAUGGGCAGUUUGCGCCUUCGUCUCAGCUGGAACGCAGCCCGUCUCGGAAUAACUCGAAGCUGCUGCUUCAGAAGGAUAAAUUGAUCGAGUCGCUUCGGCUCGAGCUGGCCGAGUCGCAGAUCAAGCUGGUGGAAAUGGAGAACAAAGGAGGCGGCCGCCAGCGUGAGCUGGAGAAAGAGCUGCUUGAGGCUCGUAUGGCCAAUGCUCGCUUGAUGGAAGACAAUGAAAGUUAUCAGCUCCUUCUGAGCGAGAGAACGCUGAAUGGUGACUUUACAAAGGGCGAUUUCAUGCGCGAAGUGAACCCUGACAACUCGGAGGCGAAGGAGUCCGGCGGAUUAGGUUCGCUAGCUGACGAGCUGGAGUCUGUGGACGCAAGGGCGGAAACCGACGAUACCCGCAGGCUCGAAUCGGAGAUCAAAAUGCUUAAGGAUCAGAACAAGGCUCUGACUCUUUACAUUGAGCGUAUCAUCAGUCGCGUCCUGCAGCACGAAGGGUUUGAGACCAUCUUGGACAAGAAUGAGAAUGAUCCUCCGAAGCAGCAGCCUGCCGGCAGCAACAAGGACCUGCCACCCACUCCUUCCGAGAAGGACGAUGCGUCGCAGCAAACCUUCUUGCAGAGGGCACGAUCGGUGGUCGGUGGGCCAGCCCCAAAUGCCCCCCGCCCCCCGCGAUCGCGUCCGGCCAGCAUGAUGCCGCCUCCUACCAGCGCGGCGAGCGCCAUCACCGUUCCCCCAACGGCUCACGAAAACCCGAAUACCGCCCCCAGCAUUCCCCUUGGCCGUGCUACUUCGGUGCGAGGUCAUCGCCGGGCGAGGUCGGAGCAAACCGACAUUGCGGCGGCGGCGGUCGUGGGACAAAUGUACCGCGGACGCAACUCGGGCGGCCCCAUCAGUCCUACCAUCAUGGGCCCUGGAAAUCGCCAGAGCGCUUUCUCCGGAACCAGUUACAUGUCCGGAAGUGGCCGUGCUCCCUCUCUAUCCAGUCAGCCUGAACGCAGCCGACUCAGCAGCUCGGACAGCGUGACCAGCGACCCGAUCGCCGAUACCGCCUCUACCGGCGCAACGUCCAGUUCGCCUCGUUCCAGCUCCGGGAUGACCAACUAUACUGGUGCCGUUAUGACCCAGAGCAAGCUUCGUCCUCUGCGACUGGUCAGCGAGACCAAGGCGGCGAUCGAAGAAGAAGAGGCUGCUCGGAAAAAGGCCAACCGUGGAAGCUGGAUUCCGUGGUUUAACCGACCAACUUCCAAUGGCAGCGAGCCCGCACAGACUUGA